AUGGUUAGAAUUUCAGUUUUGAAUGAUUGUCUUAAUAACAUUGUUAAUGCUGAAAAACGUGGCAAACGUCAAGUGUUAGUUCGUCCAUCAUCAAAAGUGGUCAUUAAGUUCUUGCGUGUAAUGCAAAAACAUGAAUAUAUUGACGAAUUUGAAGUGAUCGAUGAUCAUCGUUCAGGAAAAAUUGUAAUUCAAUUAAAUGGUCGCUUAAACAAAUGUGGUGUCAUUUCACCACGUUUCAAUACAAAAAUAGAUGAUAUUGAAAAAUGGGUUAAUAAUUUAUUACCAUCUCGUCAAUUUGUGCUGACUACUAGUGCUGGUAUUAUGGAUCACCAUGAGGCAAGAAGAAAACACACUGGUGGUAAAAUUCUUGGAUUUUUUUAUUAA